AUGUUUCCACAGGGAUCACCCCCAUGCGCUCGCCUGCAGCAGCUGCUUCUCACAGACUACCAGGAGCUUGAAGGCCCUCCCAACAACAUUGGAGAUCUGCUCCCAUCCCUCCGCAAGCUAGUCAUACAUGGCUGCCCUAGCUUCACGGAACGGCCUGAAAGCUUCCCCUCUCUGACCCGUUUGGAGUUCUUGGUUAUUUCCGAUGCAAAGUUCCUGUUUGGGCUUCCUGACGACUUGGGUGAUCUGGCGGCUCUCAAAACCCUCGUGCUCAAGUCGCUGCCUCUUGUUACCCUCCCUAGUUCCUUCUCCCAACUCACGUCCCUCAACGCUUUAGUCCUCGACAAUUGCUACCAGCUUCGCCAACUUCCAGCUGGUUUCUGCCACCUCCCUGCUCUCAAGGCUCUCUACAUUGAGUGCCUUCGCACUUUCACACUUCCACACGACAUUGGGCUGCUCACCAGUCUUGCCACUCUUCGCUUCAACGGCUCCCGUCGCCAGCAGCCCCUCCCAGCCUCGUUGACCGCGUUGACUGCGUUGACCAGCCUUCAACUGCACGAGUGUGCAAUACCCGAGCUUCCAGAUGCGUUGGGAGAGCUCAGCAACCUGACAGAGUUGAGCGUACUGUGUUGCCCCAUCAGCCGUCUUCCAGAGUCCAUCACUCGUCUGAUCCGUCUGGAACGCCUGGCAGUUGUUCUUUGCCCGCAGCUUGCAUGGGUGCCCGGAAGGCUGGAUAGCCUUGAGAGGCUGAAGCAGCUGCAGCUGACAUAUUGUGAAGGGCUGAGUCACCCUCCUGCCGUUCUGCCGCGCUCCCUCGAGCUCCUAAGUGUUCUAUGGUCUGGGAAGCAGCCCACUGCACUGGCAGACGUGUCUGGGCUAUCCCAGCUGAGGGAGCUGGAGCUGCAUGUGGGUGGGGGAGGGCAAGGGCCAGGAGCAGCAAGCUGCCCUGCCAGCGACCUGCAGGUUGGCGAGUCCGAAAGCUCUCUCAGCAGGCUUGGCGCUGCAGGUCAUUGUUGGAGCAGGGGUCUGUCUCGCCUGCACCGCUUGGCCCUGCACCUGGACAACGCUGCUGUAGAGCUCCCUUUCCCCUUGACCUUCCUCCCUUCCCUGCGCCGCCUGACCAUCUCGGGACAUGGCAUCAGAAGGCUCCCGGAAAGCAUUGGGGCAGCGUUUCCGCAGCUGCGGCAGCUGAAGCUGGAGCAGGUUUCAUCGCUGGAGGAGGUGCCAGGCAGCAUUGGGGAGCUCCAGCAACUCACAGCCCUGGAGAUCCACGCACCCAUGCUGGCGUCGCUCCCUGAUACCAUCGGUGCUCUGUCUCGCCUGCGCACACUCGAUCUGUCAGAAUGCCGAAACCUGCAGCAGCUGCCGGCUUCUCUCACGCGCCUCGCCUGCCUGCAUGAUUUGGACGCAUCGUCCACCUCCAUCUCCACGCUGCCUGCUGGUUUCGCGCACCUCACCAGGCUGAGGAGCCUUUCCCUGAAAUACUGUCGGGAGCUGCAGGGUUUCCCAGAGGAUUUCACUCAGCUGACAGCUCUGCGGUAUCUGUUGUUAAGCGGUUGCCGUGACGACUGCCGUGACAUGGCCUGGUUGAGGGCGCAUGGCCUUGCAAAACUCCGUUGGCUGCUUGUGAUGCUGUAG